CCUCCAAACUUCCCUCCGCCCAAGACCGACAAGCCUCGGCCGCACGUCUGCGCAACUUGCCAGCGGUCAUUUGCUCGCCUGGAGCAUCUGAAGCGGCAUGAGCGGUCUCACACAAAGGAGAAGCCGUUCGAGUGCCCCGAGUGCUCGCGGUGCUUCGCCCGCCGCGACCUGCUGCUUCGCCACCAGCAGAAGCUGCAUCAGACGUCGACGCCCUCUGCCCGCCCGCGGAACCGCCGAGAGUCGACCAGCGGCGUCCCGCCAGGCCAGAGCCGGGCUCGCAAGAAUAGCGUCGCGGGUCCCAGCCAUGCGGCGACGGCCACCAACCCGGCCGCCAACACCAUGCGGCCGCGAGCAAACACCAUCAGCCAUGUCGACGGAGCGGCCAUGCAGAUGAUUGCUUCGGCCAAUGCGUCAGUCGCUCGGGGCAUGCAUGUCGGGCACAGCCGCCACCCGAGCCUCGCCGGCCUGCCGCUGCACAACUACGACCAGCUCCUAACGGGCAUGUUGCCCAUGGCCCACCGGAGCGGCAUCGCACACGGCCUGCCCAAGCUGGAGACAGGCCAGAUGGGCGUUCCCGACUUCGACACCGGCCUCCACACGGCGCCGCCGCUGUCGGGCUUCAACCCUGACUUUGACUUUGACUCCUUCUUCUUCGGGCCGGGCACGACCAUCAACCCCAACGCCCUCCACUACAACGACUCCCCGCCGUCCAUGGUCAUGGAGCAGGCCUCCCCGUUUGCAUCUGCGCUCAACGACGUCCCGGCCAACCCGUCGUUUGACGACUCGUUCGACUGGCUCAGCGGCUUCGAGCACCAGAUGUCGUUCCAGACAAACGAAAACGUGGUGGACGAGUCGAGCCCGUCGGCGCUCAGCACGACGAGCCAGAGCGGCAUCAGCGAUGUCAUGUUGGAUGGAUCAAACCACCCUGCGCCAGCCGGGACAAGUACCAUGUGGCAACCCUCGGUCAUGGGCCCUCCGCAGAUGCCGAACCCGUUUGCGAUGGAUCUGAAUGGUUCGGUCUUUCCUGAUCUCCUUACUGGAGCUCCUUUAUCACCUCAGCCAGCUACUCAAAAGAUCAAUGACCCAUACUUCUCCACGCCCCCCUUGUCGCUGAGCUCGUUGAGCCCUUCCGUCGUAUCUGGACUGAACCCGCAGAGCAUGAACCACCCUCUUGGCUUCCACGCCGGCCCGGAUCCCCAAUCGUCCCUCAACGGUGUUAACCAUCUCGCUUCGCCCGUAACCACAAUCACAGAUGCCACCAGGAAUACCAUUGUGACCUUUCUUUCCAAGUGCCCGCCCUUUGGGGGCCGUAAAUACUCCUUUACCUCGCAUGCCCCGGCGCAGUCUCCGGAGGCGCAGUCGUCGUCCUCGCCUCAGCCUGCCGACGUGCCCAGUACCCAGAACCUCCGGCGCUAUGUCGCGGCCUACAUCGCCUACUUCCAUCCCCAUCUCCCCUUCCUACAUCUGCCCACGUUGUCCUUUGAUAUGUCCACGUCCCCGAGCGGUCGCCAGCCCGGUGUAGGUGGUAGCGGGUGUCUGGUGCUGGCCAUGGCUGCCGUUGGCGCCCUUUAUGAAUCUGAGCUUACCCAGUCCAAGGAGCUGUUCGCCAUGUCCAAGAAGAUGGUCUUUUACUACCUUGAGGAGCGACGCAAGGCAGACCAGUCGUCGGCGAAAGGUAGGGAUAAGGACAGGGACAGCUCGGCCCACACGCCCGUCUGGCUCGUCCAGGCCAUGCUGCUCAACGUCGUGUACGGCCACAACUGCGGGGAAAAGAUUGUCUGCGACAUCGCCUCGACGCACUGCGUAGCGCUCGUCAGCUUGGCUCAGGCAGCCGAUCUGCUGCGCCCGGAGCAAGAGGACUCGGCCGAUGGAGAGGAUACGCGCAUGGUUGACGACUCAGUGUGGCAUAGGAAAAGCGAACACGAGAAGCAGCAGGAGUGGCUGCGGUGGAAGCGAAAAGAAGAACGCAAGCGCACGCUGUACGCCAUCUUCAUCAUGUCCAGCCUCUUGGUUGCCGCCUACAACCACACGCCGGCCUUGACCAACUCGGAAAUCCUGCUGGACCUGCCCUGCGACGAGGAGUUCUUCGCCGCUGGAUCGAGCGCCCAGUUCUUCGCCAUGGGUGGUGUCGAGGGCGCCAAUCACAACAGGGUCAAGUUUUACGAUGCUCUCGGAGAGCUCUUGCGCACAAACGAGCGACAGCAGAAGCACAUGGCGGCAAUGAAUGGCGGCCCACACUCUUCCGGCGAGAUGGCGCGAUCAGACCUGAGCCCGAGCACCUUUGGCUGCUUGGUGCUGAUCAACGCCCUGCACAACUACAUCUGGGAGACGCGGCAGCGGCAUCACAACAAGGUCUGGACCAAUGAGGAGACGGAGAAAAUGCAUCGGCACAUCGAGCCCGCCCUCAAGGCGUGGGAGGCGGCCUGGAACAGCAACCCCAAGCAUGCCGUAGAACGGCCAAACCCGUAUGGCGCAGGACCACUCUCCGCGGACGCGAUUCCCUUGCUAGAUCUGGCAUACGUCCGUCUCUUCGUCAACCUUGCCAGGUCCAAGGAGAAGUUCUGGCAACAAGACUGGGACGGCGUGGCCGAGGAACUGGCCCGGGGCACGGAAAUCGUGCAGCACGCCGAACACUCCCCCACGUCCAGCACAGAGCCGGAGAGCAACGACACCUUUGACAGUUCGCUCUUCACCGGGUCGCCAACGAGCGCGGCGUCGGCGUCGAACCGUCCACGGAAGCAGUCCAACGGUGCUGGGCAGGCCACUCGCUCCAUCUCGCGGCGAGAGCGCCACCUGCGGAAGGCAGCCUUUUAUGCCGCCGACUCUCUGUCCAUGUCGGACAAGCUCGGUGUGACCUUUGCUGACUUCACCAGUCGCGAGCUGCCCCUGCAAUCGGCCAUGUGCACCCUCGACUGCGCACAGGUUCUCGCCGAGUGGGUCGCCACUCUGCAGGAUCGAGUCGGCCGCUAUUUAGGCAUUCUCGGCCAGGACCACAUCAACGUCACGGCAAUGCCCGCCAUUAUGCUGCUGGAGGAAGACGACGUCAAGUUGCUCGAGAGGAUUCAGAACGUCCUGUCUUCGGCAGAGAUGAAGAUUGGCAUGGAAGUGACGGCGAGCAGCAUGACACCCGAGACGGGGAGCCCGGACGAUGGGUUCAGUGGGCUGGCGACCAAGAUUCUCCGCGUCACAUCCCGGAUGCUCGACAAGGCAGCCGUUUGGCAGGUGACGCACCUCAUGGCCCGCUGCCUCGCCGUACAUGCUGGUCAUAUGCGGACGAGGGCGGAAAGGUCUGUCACUACUACGCCCUCACUGAUGCAGUCGGAAUUUUAG